CACAACAACAAAUGCAUAACCUCACUGAAAAUCAGUCACGACGUUCUCUUAACGGCAUACCAGCGCCAAUGUUCAUUCCAGACGAACAUAUCCCUGGUAUUCUUGCCUUGCUUCCCGUCAAAUCUCUCCUUCGAUUUAGGUGCUUGAGUAAGUCACAUGACUCUCUCAUCUCCAGUCCCACCUUUGUCAAAUUGCACCUUACUCGAUCUGCACGUAAUAUGGACUUGACUCUUGUAUCUACUUCUGAUGACAAUGUCCUAUCUUUCACAAUUUUUCGUUUGCAUCAAAACCCUCCAAUCAUUUUCAAUCUUCCAGAAGAUCCUUACUAUCAACUUGAUGACAAACACGGCCUCGACAUAGUUGGCUCUUGCAAUGGAUUACUCUGCUUGUUUGGCCAUUCUUUCACCGCUAAUUUCGACAUUGAGACGUGGAUACGCUUUUGGAACCCAGCCACGAGGACAAUAUCUGAAAAAUUAGGAUAUACUAUUCAUAACAACCUACAUUUCCAUCAUAAUUUGACGUUUUGUUAUGUUAACUCAACCGACACUUAUAAGGUGGCGUAUUUAGUUCCAAAUACAAAUAAUGUAUGUGUUUUUAGUAUUGGCGAUAAUGUUUGGCGAAAUAUUCAAAACUCCCCCUUGGAUCAUGGUUAUUCGUUAAAUGUUGCAAACUUGGGUAAGAGUAUUAAUUGGCUGGCAAUCCAUGAUUACCGCUCCCAUUAUGAUUGCAACAAUAUUACUAUUCAGCAAUUUAUCAUUAUUUCUCUUGAUUUGGGUACUGAAACACAUUCUCAGCUUUUGCCUCCUCAAGGCUUCAUGGAAGUGCCGAUUGUUGCACCAUAUCUAAGUGUGCUAAAGGAUUGUCUUUGUUUUUCACAUGAUUACAAACAAACUCAUUUUGUAAUAUGGGAAAUGAAGGAAUUUGGAGUUGGAGAUUCAUGGAUUCAACUUUUUAAAAUUAGUUAUAAUAAUCUUCAAGUAUACGAUCACUUGAAUGAUUCGGAGUUUCAUUUGUUUCCAUUAUUCCUCUCGGAGAAGACUGGUACACUUUUACUGACAAACGAUCUUGAAAGUCGGGCAAUUCUCUAUAACUGGAGAUAUAAUACAGUAGAAAGAGUCAAUAAACCUUGGUUCAACAACAUGAAUUAUGUUGAAAGUUUGGUUUCGUAUCAUUGAUAGGUUGUAUUCAUGGCAGCACGGUUGAAAAUUGUUGCAGCACAGUUUAACGUUUAUCAGCUCCUCUUUCGUGUAUGGUGUGAGCUUCCAGUGGCUGCAGUUUGCAUUGGUGUUUAGUAGUUUGUUUGUGUUUUUUCUCUGGUGCAGUUUAAGGUUCAGUGCUAAAUCUUUCAUCUCAGCAAGCCUAGAUUAAUGAAUAUUUAUUUUGUGUUUGGAUUUGUUUCCUUUUAGUUUUCUUUUGGUUUCUGUUUUUGGCAGUUUUGCUGUUAUCUGCUAGUGCCAGAGUUGCUGUAUCUUUCCGAACUUUUUCGGCUAUUUCUUGUUUGUAUUUCGA